AUGAGCAAUAUAGCACAAGUCGAUCAAUCUGAUAUACGGAAGUUGAAAAUGAGACAUGCAUUUUUAAAAAGAUUAAUACCAAAGAAUCAACUUGCAAUAGAGGAUUGGUCUUAUAAUACUACUAUCAGCUCAGGUCAUAUUGUUCCAGUUAUAACUGAAGAAGAUGUGAAAUGCUUAGGAUUAAAGAUUAAUUGGAUCAUACGUAGCAAGCAAAUGCCAGUUUAUUGCUCAAGUGUAACUCAUCUCAAAAUAUCAUACUACCAUUCACUUUCAGAUAAAAAAAUCAUAAGUAUUGUACAUUUAUGUCCAAAUAUAAUCCAUUUGAGUUUCAUAUAUAUUAAAGGAUUUAGUAAUAAAGUAUUAGAACUGAUAGCGUGUUCAUACUCAAAUCUGAAGUAUCUCAAUCUGUGUGAUGAUCAGUCAGGUAGUUUUAGGAACUUUCAUGUUCAAGAAGUAGAUGAUGGAGAUCUAUGGGAAAUCAUAAAGUUAUGCCAUAAAUUAGAAUAUUUAAAUAUUGCCUAUCGCAGAGGGAUUACUGAACAUUCAAUUUGCGAAAUUGCUAAUUCGUUUCUUAAUUUAAAGUAUCUCAAUUUAGAAGGGUGUAAUAAUAUUAGCAAAGAAACUGUAGAUCAGUUUGUUUUACUUAAUCCAAAUAUUCAUGUUGAGAAUUUCAUGAACACUUUAUCGUCUCCUGAUUUUAUUAACACACUUAGAGAUUAUCUUAAUUAG